GCGUGUGCGUGUGUGUGUGCGUAGUCUUCCAUACUGAUGAGAGCCGCGAAUGUCAUGCGCGCGCUCUCGUUGACGUAACGAGAAAAAAAGCGCGGCCGCGUGCGUCGCCACUCCGUUUCCAUAGCGCACCGUCUUGCGCAAUGUGACGGAUUGGCGAUCCGCGCGAUCAGAAUCCCCGCCGCGUCGUGAAGCGGAUGCUUCUGUUGCUAGGAACGGAUAAAAGGACUUUUAUCUCCCCCAUUCGUUUGUGCCGUAACACACGCCGUCGAAAAAAAUACAUUUGCGGUGCACGCGCCUUUCUGUCGCGUCACGGGCUGAACCGUCUCCGUCAUUCCAGCCGGAGGAAAGUCGCUCUCUGGAUGUGAGAUUGCGUGAAAGAAGGAGCAGAGGACAACUUCGGCGUUGUGAGUCCACCGGUGAUCGGCGAGAGGGCGAGCUGCAGGCAAGCAGACGGACAGAUAGACACCGCGGCUGCGUGCUGGCCAAGGAAUAACACACUGACGCACGGAAUUGCAUUCACAGGUCCGUGAUCGGCGAUCUGCCGCCGAGCUGUGAUUAGGAUCACGACGCUACUGUUUGUAAAGCAGAUGCGUUCCGCCGUUAUUCGACGCUGAACUAGGUUACUCGUACAGCUUGUCAUCAACUGGCAUCACAACAGAUCUGAGCUAGCCUCGACAUCCUAACGCUGCUACAUAUGGCUGCAUACGUUUGUGUGAGGUUCGGUUUGGGUCACAUGAGCUAAAAAUCGGACCGAUUGAUUUCUGGACUCGUUUGGAGACCAAGCGGAAACCUGGCGCCGUAAUCAGUGCGCGCUGUUUAUUAAACCCGUCUCCGUGUUCAGAGCGCAAAUCAAUCGGCGCGUGAUCUCUCUAAGGUUCCUGUGUGAUUCCUGUCUUUCUUUACGAGCUCAUCUCCAUCAGGAAACACUUUCUCUGGUGUCGACUAGAUAUGCGGAGAUGCAACUAAAAAUGGAUGGGAUUAUCAGCAUUUUGGGGCUUAUUACGCUGAUCCUGGACGGCAUUUCCUCUGAGGGAGUGUACGCACCCCCUACUGUCCGGAUCGUGCACUCAGGCCAUGCAUGUAACGUGGAGGAGGAGCGCUACACAGAGAGAGUGUACACUAUCCGGGAGGGUGAGACCCUGGAGCUCACGUGCCUGGUGACUGGACACCCGAGGCCACAGAUUCGAUGGACUAAGACAGCAGGCAGUGUUUCAGACCGUUUUCAGGAUUCAAGUGUCUUUAAUGAGACACUUCACAUCGCUAAGAUCCAGCGGCACCAAGGUGGUCGCUAUUACUGCAAGGCUGAAAAUGGCCUCGGCUCGCCAGCGAUUAAGUCGAUCAGAGUGGAUGUCUACUAUCUGGAUGACCCAGUCGUGACGGUUCAUCAGAGUAUAGGUGAAGCCAAAGAACAGUUCUACUAUGAGAGGACAGUUUUCCUCCGCUGCGUGGCCAACUCCAACCCUCCAGUGCGUUACAGCUGGCACAGGGGCCGAGAUGUUCUGUCUCAAGGCUCAGAUAAGGGUGUGGAGAUAUACGAACCCUUCUUUACACAGCAGGGGGAAACAAAGAUCCUGAAACUGAAGAACCUGAGGCCCAAAGACUAUGCCAACUACAGCUGCAUUGCCUCCGUCAGGAACGUCUGCGGCAUUCCUGACCGUAGGGUCAUCUUCAGGCUCACCAAUAAAACAGCCUCCCCAUCCAUCAAGCUGCUGGUGGAAGAUCCGAUCGUAGUGAAUCCUGGACAGACAGUGUCUCUGGUGUGUAUCGCCACUGGAGGUGAACCUCCACCCACGUUGACGUGGACCAGCGUCUCUGAGCACCUACCGGACAAAAGCGUUUUAAAGGACGGUACUCUAACGUUACCAGCCAUCUCUUCUGAAGAAGCCGGCAUCUAUAGCUGCAUUGCCAGCAACAACGUAGGAAACCCGGCAAAAAAGUCAACCACCAUUAUUGUGCGAGCGCUGAAAAAGGGCCGCUUUUGGAUCACGCCUGACCCGUACCACAAUGACGAUAACAUCCAGAUCGGCCGUGAAGUAAAGAUCUCGUGCCAGGUUGAGGCGACACCCCCUGAGGAGUUGCAGUUCAGCUGGCUGAAGAACGGCCGAGCUCUGCGCAGCUCUGAGCGCAUGGUCAUUACCCAGACUGACCCUGACAUCUCCCCAGGAACCACCAACUUGGACAUCAUCGAUCUGAAGUUCACUGACUUUGGCACCUACACCUGUGUGGCGUCGCUCAGAGGCGGGGGCAUCCCCGAGAUCAGCAUCGACGUUAACAUCUCUUCCACCACUGUUCCUCCCAAUUUGACCGUGCCAAGGGGCAAGUCCCCACUGGUGGUGCGGGAAGGUGAGACGGUGGAGCUGGAAUGCCUUGUUUCAGGAAAGCCCAAGCCCAUCAUCCUGUGGUCACGGGCUGAUAAAGAGGUUCCGAUGCCAGACGGAAGCAUGCAGAUGGAAAGCUACGAUGGUGUGCUGCGCAUCAUCAACGUGUCUCGUGAGAUGAGUGGCUCCUACCGCUGCCAGACCAGCCAAUAUAACGGCUUCAACGUUAAACCUCGGGAAGCCUUGGUGGAGCUCAUAGUACAGUAUCCUCCGGCUGUAGAGCCUGUGUCGUUGGAGGUUCGUCAGGGUCUGAGUCGGCCAGUACCGAUGACCUGCCGUGUUCUGCGUGCUCACCCUUCACGAGUGUUGCGGUACGAGUGGCGUCUGGGCUCGCGCCUUCUGCACGCGGGCCACUUUGACACAAGCGAUGAAACCGAGUAUUCAGUGCGUAGCCUCACCCGUGACGGCUAUGGAGAGUACACCUGUGACAUCAUCAAUGAGGCAGGAGCUGGCCGCUGCACCUUCCUGGUCACGGGAAAAGCUUAUGCUCCAGAGUUCUACUAUGACACCUACAGUCCACUGUGGCAGAACCGGCCUCGUGUUUAUGGCUAUAAGCUGCAGUGGACACAGAUGAACCCCGAUACAGUGGACCGUAUCAUGGCUUAUCGUCUCGGCAUACGGCAGAUCGGGCAGCAGAGGUGGUGGGAGCAGGAGAUACCUGUUGAAGGCCCCAUUCAGAAAGGAGAGCUUAUUACUUAUAACCUGACAGAGCUCAUCAGACCUGAAGCCUAUGAAGUGCGCCUGACACCUAUCACCCGCUUUGGUGAGGGAGACUCCGCCAUCAGGAUGGUGACCUACAGUGCUCCCAUUAACCCACAUCUGAGGGAAUUCCACUGCAGCUUUGAGGAGGAACCCAUUUGCAUGUUCACUCAGGACAAGAAUGACAACUUUGAUUGGACAAGACAUAGUGCCGCCACACGGGACACUAAAUACACUCCCAACACAGGACCCAGUGGAGACCGCAGCGGCUCAAAACAAGGAUUCUAUAUGUACAUCGAGACUUCCAGACCCCGUAAAGAAGGGGACAAGGCCCGAUUGCUGAGCCCCACCUUCAACGUGGCACCUAAAAAUCCUUACGGCAUCACCAACCCUCCUGCAUACUGCUUUGGCUUUUAUUACCACAUGUACGGGAAACACAUCGGCACUCUGAAUGCGUUUAUGAAGCAGAAAGGUCAAGCUACCUCGGAUGCUGGUCCAGUCUGGUCACUCAGUGGGAAUCAGGGCGAUCGGUGGAAACAGGCCAAAAUCAGCAUCCACCCCACCUCCUCCUUUCAGGUGAUCUUUGAAGGCAUCCGAGGUCCAGGGAUCGAAGGGGACAUUGCAAUUGAUGAUGUCACUCUAGAAGAGGGGGAGUGUCCUGACCCUCCAUCUAAUCAUAUCAGAUCUAAGGCUUCGUUCCAAGUGACACAUAUAUGGCCGCUAUGCCCCGCCCUGGCCUUUACACUGUUUCCAGGUCUUAGGUGACCACCUCGCUAGGUGGAGACUGGUGGCACUGUCUGAGGCCGCAACCCCGUACCCUCAAUAUAAUCACCAAAGAUUCACAUUUUCAGAUGACUGAGAGGGAAACAGCACUGUCUCAAUAUGGAUUAUCAGACAUAAAAUCAUGAAAAAUGGAAAAACAAACAAAAAAAGACAAAAAAGUAAUAAGGAUUUGAUGUAUCUAUCUACAAUCUGCAAACUAUUUUGCUGUAAGAUGCUCCCAAGGACUUGGAUGAGAGCAGCUUACUGAUGGAGUAGCAUGAGUCAGGGCUCAUGUGAGGGGCUCCCACGCAGAUCUAAGGACAGUUUGUAAAGCACAAGGACAACUUUGCCAGCUGGCAGUUUAAAAAAAAACUCAUUAUAAAGGUGGGGAAAUGACAAGUGAUGGCAGUCUCCACCAGCUCUUUACUAUGAACACCUUUCAGUGUCUCAUCCUCCCUGUCCUUCAUUGUAUAUUUAGAUCUUAUAAGCUUUUUUUCUCCACAUUCAGCCCUCAUACAGUACACACAUGAUUUAACCUUCUUUUGGCUUGGUGCUUUAGAAUACAUAUGAAAAACUAUGGGGAAAAAAUAUUCAUAUCUGCUUUAUAUCCCAACCUGGGUAGCGGCCUGUUUUGAUUUUCAACACUGUGCUCACAUCCCCUAGUGGCAGGCCAAGGGUAGGAGACCAGGACAAAGGAGCUAAUGAGCACCUGAUGAAGGACGGCAGAAGAGAGUGAAGAGAAAAAGAAGUGCAUAUGCCUGAGGUGGAAGGCCAUGGAGGAAUACAAGAACAGGUUAAGAAAAUGCUCAGAUAUUCUCUUUGGCAAGAACAUUAACAACAUUGGAGCCACUUUCUGCCAUGAAAUACAAAGUGCCUUCAGAUUAUGAGCAGAAUUGCGAUCCUGGCCGUUAACACCAAACGCGUCAAUAAGCAGAAUUUCUAGAAUUUCAGAAACGCUUCAGAAGAAGCAAAAUUUCUAACGUCACCGUUGGGCUAUUUUGUAUGAUUAUUUUGCUCCUUCAAGUGCUGAUUUGAAUGGCGAUGGAGGUGGAAGAUGGUCCCAGAAGUCAGCACAAAGACCUGCCUGUAAUUUGCAGAUUUAGCAAAGUUCCAUACGAAACACAGGUAACUAUGUUCUCUACCAGAAGAGCAAAAACAUCUUUGACUGUGCUCAGUGUCACAUUGCCGUUCUGCUGUCUUCAGAACUGGAAGGCUACUGCGACGCUGGUUGGAAAGAUACACGGAGACAUAGUCAGCCUGCCAUGUCAUUGCUUUACACAGACUCUCAUCAAGUGGGCCUUAGAACAGUAAGAAAUAAACACAACACCAUGGAGGUGAAAGCAGGUGGCAGAGCCUGCGCAGGUUAAGGCCUACUAUCCCUACCCACACCUCUGCCAUUUCUAUUGAACAGUGUGCAUUCUGAAAGAAAAAAAAAAGAUGAUAUUAAUAAUAAAAUAUUUUAUUACACUAGCAAGAAUGUUUCUCUGAUUUUACACAAACUGUGAAAAAAAACUGUGGAAGAAAUUUACCUGAAAGUAACCAUAACCAGCUGGUUUUUAAAAACAUUCUAAAAAAAAAAAAAAGGAAAGAAAGAGAAAGACAGGAUGAAAGAAAGAAAAGAACAUUUCCGUAUAUUGUUGGUUAUGAAUAAUGUUUUGAGGAGCUGUGUCUUGUUUCUUAUUUUUCUGUUAAUGCUGUUAUGACUUUUAGCUUUCUUUAAUUCUUGUUGUCUCCCUUGCAUUGCUGAAAAUAUCAAAAUGGUUGGAACUUAUUGAAUAAGUUGGUUUGGUAAAUGUAAACAAACCUGUAUAUGUAAAGAAGCUCUGUUAAUCAAGGUUUAUAUGAAAUGUUUAUGUAUGAAUACAGGAAGCACAAUAUUUAAGGUUCCACAUUAAAAAGGCAGUUUUAA